AUGUUGGGGAGAUGCGUACUUCUCUGUGCACUUUUUGUAGUGCAAUUCGUCAGGGGCUCUCCAGGUGACAGACUUGAUGAGUUCAAUGACUGUACGGAUGCGUGUGAAUACAUGAGGAAAUGUCCGAAUUCUGAAGUACAUUUCAAUUCUGAGAGAAAUCCGUUCUUUGAAUACGACUUCACGGAAACUCCAUCCUUAUUGAGUAUCUUUCUAUUUUGGGAUUGUAUCUCCGAUUGUGACUAUCAAUGUCAACACAUUAUCACGAAUUUGAGAAUAAGAAAUAACGAUGAGAUUUAUCAGUUCCAUGGUAAAUGGCCCUUUUUCAGGAUUAUGGGUACGCAGGAAUUCUUCUCAACACUUUUCAGUAUUGGGAACUUUAUACCACAUUAUUUAGCGUUUAAAAAACUCAGUGAAAGGAUCAGAAAAUUACGCAGUAGUAAUACAAAGACUGAUAUGGUCAAUUCCAAGACUUUGAUCAAUUAUCUUUACGUGACAAUAGCAGGGAUGUUAGCAUGGACUGCAAGUACAGUUUUCCAUCUUCGAGAUUUGAUAAUAACCGAGAAAUUGGAUUAUUUCUUUGCAGGUAUGACUGUCCUAACAGGGUUCCAUGCAAUUUUCGCUAGAAUGACAUAUCUACAUAAAUUUCCAAGGCUGGGCAAAAUUUUUACUACUAUGGUGCUGUUUAUCUUCUCGCUUCAUAUCCUUCGACUCUACGUUGACUGGUCAUAUACUUACAAUAUGAGAUUUAACGUAUUUUUUGGAAUUUUACAAUACAUUCUCUUAUUAAUGUUGGCCUUCCAAAAUUAUACGCAUAUCCGUAAUAAUAAGAUAUCGUUAUACUAUUCGACGACAAGUCUGGUAUUCAAACUGUGCGUGACACCAGUUUUGCUAGUUUUAUCCACAGCAAUGGCAAUGACGCUGGAACUGUUUGAUUUCUUCAGUUAUGACUGGCAGAUUGACGCACACGCCAUUUGGCACUUCUGUACAAUAUGGCCGUCGUUCGUACUGUACGAUUUUUUCUUAACUGACUUUGAUACUAUCGCUCAAGCCGUACUAUAA